AAGUGCUGACUCGGUAUGCGGAGGGGCACAGUUUAUAAUCUAUCAACAAGAUCCAAAAAUAGAAUAUGAUUCAUAACACAAUUUGGUCGAACCUCUCGGUGUUAAGGUAGAUACUUUGAUCACGUGGUUUAUUAUAGUAGAUUAUGUCUUCAGAAUUGCCCGCGAUAUAUAUUAUGUUCACGGAAAGCUAAGCAGCGGAGGGAAGAGAUCGGAUGGCAAAUAGCUAUAAUCAAACAAUGUCGGAGCCUACAAAGCGCGUGGCGGUCAUUGGAGCAGGAGCUGCAGGUUUGAGUGCCCUCCGGAAUCUCCUCACCACAACCAAGACGUUUAUUCCAACCUGCUUUGAAAGGGGAAGUGACGUAGGUGGACUCUGGUUGUAUAACAGGAACACUCAUACCGAUGACAAUGGAAUGCCUGUGUUCUCAAGCGUAUACCGGGAUUUAUCAACCAAUAUUCCUAAGGAUUUGAUGGCUUUUCCUGACUUUCCUCAUAAAGAUGGUCCAUCCUACCUCUCCCGACCCGAUGUGUGCGACUAUUUACAGAGAUAUGCAGACAGAUACGACCUCCGAAAGUAUAUUAAGAUGAACACGUUUGUUCAAAAUAUUCGGCCCAAUUGCAAAGAGAGCAAUACGAAAUGGACUGUAAGCUAUUUUGAUGUGAAACAAAAGGAGGAGAUACACACAGACGUGUUUGACGCCGUCAUUGUAUGCAAUGGUCACCAGGAAAAAGCCUACUCGCCGGAUAUCGAGGGUCUUGACCAAUUCAAAGGUGAAGUCCUCCAUAGCCAUAACUACAGAACACCCGAAUACUUCGCUGGCAAGAACGUUGUUAUACUGGGAGCUUCAUUUUCUGGACAGGAUUUGGCAGUUGGGAUAUCGUCGUUCGGGAAAAAGAUUUUCCUUAGUCAUCUGAAGGACCCCCUUCUAACAGUGCUGCCUGCAAAUGUGAUGGAACGAACGGGUAUUAAGCGUAUGACGAAGAGCAGGGUAGUUUUCCUCGAUGAUACAGAGGAAGAAGUGGACGUCCUCCUAUUCUGCACUGGUUUCCAAACUCAUUUCCCCUUUCUGUCCAAAGACAUCAUCCAGGUCAUCUCUGAACGCGUCACCCCUGUGUACAAGCACAUUAUACACAUCAAAUACCACACCUUGUUAUUUGUAGGUAUCCCGAAAUUACUGUGUUAUUUCCCACACAGUUUUGAAAUAGCCAGAGCAGUGGUCAACAUUUUGAAUGGUAAUGUCGCAUUACCUUCAGAAGACGAGAUGUUGGAAGAUGCCGAAAAAGAUUUCGCUCAGAGGAAAACAGAGGGACUUGAUGAUGCCAAAGCUCACUUCAUGGGAGACGGAGAUCGACAGUGGCGUUUUAACAAGGAUAUAGCAAAGAUGGCUGGCUUUAAACCGCUUCCUACUGCCUUCCAGCGCCUCUGGGAUUACGUGACGAUUCAGAGAGAUAACCACUUCCUCACUUUUCGCAAACAGAAUUUUAAAAUAAUUGACUCAGAGACAUUUGUAGAAGUAAAAUGAAGUCUGUGACUCCAGGAUAGAUGACGAUGUCAUCGCUGAUUAUUUCGAUGUGUGAAAAAUCAGAUAACACUGUUUUUAUUGUCAUAAGCAUAACAAAAGCUAUUAGAUUUUGGCAAAGAAAUUCAAAGAUAUUUAGAAACAAUGUAACAGACUUUGUAUUUAUAUAUAGCAUAAACAGUAAAUAAACAUGAAUUGAUAGAUAUACGUUUACUCAUAAUAUUAAACAAACAUUAUGAUAUUAUUUUCUUAUUUUCUUAUUUUCAUUUCAAAUUCGUUGUUCCUUUAUUUUGUACCAGAAUUGGGAUCAAACUAGAAAUUCAAUAGUUAAUGAUCAACUCCUUCAAAAUGUCAAACAUAAGCCAUGUGAAUGUUAAGUGACAUUUUGAGAAGACAUAUAAGUGUAAAAGCAUACCCGUUUAAAACAUUUCUGCUGUAUAAGAAAUGCACUCAUAUCGCAUGUUAUCCUGUUCUGAAAGUUUUGUAAUGUUUAUUAAAGCUAUUGCCGAACUUUUAAAGUACGUUUUUAUCACUUGUACAUCAUCCGUUUUAUAUCUUCUAAUUUUAAAGAACUAUAAAACAUUGAUUACCCUACGGCUUGCGACUUACAUGUAACACGUACAUAGGCAUAACAAAUAAUUAGCCAAUAUCAACACAGUCACAUUGGGCCUCACUGCGGGCUGAUAUAGCUCCGAUUAUACAAACAAAACACUUUUUUUGAUUACGAGGACCGUGUAGUA